CCCCGACGCGCACCCGGAGAAACAGUUUUCCACAGAAAUGCAACAAGUAGCACCCGGGGUCUGCAGAGCACCCCGCGCCGCCUGACUUGGACGGGCGAAGCCCGCCUGCAGAGACCCGGGCCGGCCGCCGGACAAAGGACGGAGGAGGGGCUGGACGGAGCUGCGAAGUCCGAAAGAGGCCAUUUAGCCACUCUGGUCAGGCCGAGGGGAAUGCAGAGGAGACACAGAGCCGGCGGGCCAAGAGGACGAUCCGGCCGCAGCACGCAGGGCGGGCGGCGAUGGAGGCUGCCCGCGCCGUGCGCUUCCUGCUCGUGGUGUGCAGCUGUCUCGCGCUCCCGCCGCGGGCCAAGCCCGUGUGCCCGGAGCGCUGCGACUGCCAGCACCCCCAGCAUCUCCUGUGCACCAACAGGGGGCUCCGCGUCGUGCCCAAGACCAGCUCGCUGCCGAGUCCCCACGACGUGCUCACCUACAGCCUCGGCGGCAACUUCAUAACCAACAUCACGGCCUUCGACUUUCACCGUCUGGGGCAGCUCAGACGGCUGGACCUGCAGUACAACCAGAUCCGCUCUCUGCACCCCAAGACCUUCGAGAAGCUCUCGCGGCUGGAAGAGCUGUACCUGGGGAACAACCUCUUGCAGGCGCUCGCCCCGGGCACGCUGGCCCCGCUGCGCAAGCUGCGCAUCCUCUACGCCAACGGAAACGAGAUCGGCCGCCUAAGCCGCGGCUCCUUCGAGGGCCUGGAGAGUCUGGUCAAGCUGCGGCUGGACGGGAACGCCCUGGGGGCGCUGCCGGACGCAGUCUUCGCCCCCUUGAGCAACCUGCUCUACCUACAUCUAGAGUCCAACCGUAUUCGCUUUCUGGGCAAGAACGCCUUCGCCCAGUUAGGCAAGCUGCGCUUCCUCAACCUCUCUGCCAACGAGCUACAGCCCUCCCUGCGCCACGCGGCCACCUUCGCACCGCUGCGCUCCCUCUCCACCCUCAUUCUCUCGGCCAACAGCCUGCAGCACCUCGGGCCGCGCGUCUUCCAGCACCUGCCACGUCUGGGCCUGCUGUCGCUCAGGGGCAACCAGCUCACGCACCUCGCGCCGGAGGCCUUUUGGGGCUUGGAGGCCCUGCGCGAGCUGCGCCUGGAGGGUAAUCGGCUGAGCCAGCUGCCAACCGCGCUGCUGGAGCCUCUGCACAGCCUGGAGGCGCUGGACUUGAGCGGCAAUGAGUUGUCCGCCCUGCACCCGGCCACCUUCGGUCACCUGGGCCGGCUGCGCGAGCUCAGCCUGCGCAACAACGCGCUCAGCGCCCUAUCCGGCGACAUCUUCGCCGCCAGCCCAGCCCUUUAUCGGCUGGAUCUAGACGGCAAUGGCUGGACCUGCGACUGCCGGCUGCGAGGCCUGAAGCGCUGGAUGGGCGACUGGCACUCGCAGGGCCGGCUCCUCACUGUCUUCGUGCAGUGUCGCCACCCCCCGGCCCUGCGAGGCAAAUACCUGGAUUACCUGGAUGACCAGCAGCUGCAAAACGGGUCCUGCGCGGAUCCCUCGCCCUCAGCUUCCCUGACCGCUGACCGCAGGCGGCGGCCCCUCCCCACGGCCGCAGGGGAGGAGAUGACGCCACCUGCAGGUCUCGCGGAGGAGCUGCCGCCGCAGCCGCAGCUCCAGCAGCAGGGGCAAUUUCUAGCUGGGGUGGCCUGGGAUGGAGCCGCCAGGGAGCUGGUAGCCAACCGCAGCGCCCUAAGGCUGAGUCGGCGGGGCCCAGGCUUCCAGCAGCCCAACCCCUCCGCCGCUGCCGCUGCGGGCCCGGCUCCACAGUUCCUAGACGGGCACGAGAAGUCCCAGAGGGGCCGUCCGACUCCAGCAGAUCCCGCCCACGCGGAGCCCACCCCAACGGCCUCUCCCGGUUCCGCGCCGUCGCCCGCCGGCGACCCCUGGCAGCGCGCGACGAAGCAACGCCUGGGCACGGAACACCAGGAGCGUGCCGCCCAGUCCGACGUGGGGGCCGGGCUGCCGCCGCUGGUGUCCGACCCGUGUGACUUCAACAAGUUCAUCCUGUGCAACCUGACGGUGGAGGCGGUGGGCGCAGACAGCGCCUCAGUGCGCUGGGCAGUGCGCGAGCACCGCAGUCCCCGGCCGCUGGGCGGCGCGCGCUUCCGUCUGCUCUUCGACCGCUUCGGCCAGCAGCCCAAGUUCCACCGCUUCGUCUACCUGCCCGAGCGCAGUGACUCGGCCACGUUGCGCGAGCUGCGCGGGGACACCCCCUACCUGGUGUGCGUGGAGGGCGUGCUUGGGGGCCGCGUCUGCCCUGUGGCUCCCCGGGACCACUGCGCGGGGCUGGUCACCCUGCCGGAGGCCGGGAGCCGGGGCGGCGUCGACUACCAGCUGCUGACCUUGGCCCUGCUGACGGUCAACGCGCUGCUGGUGCUCCUGGCCUUGGCGGCCUGGGCGUCUCGCUGGCUGCGGAGGAAGCUGCGGGCCAGGCGGAAGGGCGGGGCCCCGGUCCAUGUUCGCCACAUGUACUCCACCCGACGGCCCCUGCGCUCCAUGGGCACCGGCGUGUCCGCCGACUUCUCGGGAUUCCAGUCUCACCGGCCGCGCACCACCGUGUGCGCGCUCAGUGAGGCGGACCUCAUCGAAUUCCCCUGCGACCGCUUCAUGGACAGUGCGGGCGGCGGUGCGGGCGGCAGCCUGAGACGGGAGGACCAUCUCCUGCAGCGAUUUGCCGACUAGGUGCAGGGCAUGUAGAGACCAUCUCAUUGGCCCUAAGGAGCCGCCUCUCCCUGAGGCCCACCAGCUCACCUCAGGGGAAGUGCCCUUUUGUGCACUUGCCAGAGAGGCCAGUGGGGACAGAGGGCCAGUUCGGGCACCAUCCCCCAAUUCCCAGUACUCAAGAAGUAAAUGGAUGAUACUUGGUGGUCAAAGCCAGAGUAGGAGACAAAUGGAUGGUGGGAUGCUGAGGUUGGAGUCUUCACUUGGAGGCUUUGACACAGCUAUGCAAAUGGCUUUUGUAGCAUUGCAAUGCAGAAGCCAGGCUUUGGGGGUAGAAAGGGGGUGCUUGUGCCCCCAACAUGGCCAGAAAUAUUUGGGUGCAUGCUUUUUGUUUGCUCAGUGUCAAACAGGGAAGUUUUGUUUCUAUUUAAGGAAAAAGGAACUUAUUACCAUUACAAAGGAGGCUUGGCCAGGGACUCCACUGGUUUGGUGAUCUCUGCCAAAAAGAGGGAUGUAAACAGGUGGUAAAGUUUAACACACCCGCCAAGGAACUCAUUUAUGUUGGCUGAUAGAGCAUGCAGGAUACCUUAAAGUUUAAAUAAUAAGAGACGCUUUUUUUUUUUUUCAAAAAUGUGAAAACUCUUGACAUUUAACAAACUGACCAAUAGACUCAAGGACUGUUUUAGUUGGACUGGGCCAUUCUAUUAUGUUCCUUUUAAUAUUAACAGUACAAGAGCGCUUGCUGACUUCGAGGAUAACUAAGAUUACAUACUUUCUCAGGAGAAGGCUGCAUGCAAGACUUCUCUGUCAGGGUUGCUCCUGUGGCUUUUUAAAUUUUAUUUUUUUAAACAUAUAUAUGGAAAAGGAAAUUUCAAUGCCAGAUUUGAUAAAAGAAUGUGAUGUAUAUGUAGCUGAUGACCCACUGGGGAACACCAGAGUUCCAGUUCACUUACCACAUCUGUGACAGUGUGUUUAGAUUGGAAUAAAUGUGAUGUGGUACUUCUCCUGUUUUUAUCAGUGACAUGGUUGACUGUGCCCUAAUUCUCUUGAGUUGCAGUUAAGCAAUGAAGGUAAUUUCCUAAUAGGGAAGCAAAGGGUGAUUGUCAAUUGAUAGUUUAAUGUUUGACCACAUUAGUGUCCUUAUAUGAAAUAGUAGAGGGGAAGAAAUUAUAGAAAAAAAAUGUGAAAAAAAAUACACCAGUGGGUAUCUUUUCUACUAAAACCAGAAGAUUGUUAUGAAUACUUACACCUCACUGUGAAAUAAUGAUAUGUUUUGCAAUUAAUUCCUCCCCAACUCAGUGUCUUACUGUGUUAUUAAAUCUUAUCUUUUAGUUAA